AUGACCACUUUCAGAUUUUGUCGAGAUUGCAACAACAUGUUAUACCCAAGAGAAGACAAGGACAACCAAAGGCUUCUGUUCGAAUGUCGUACAUGUGCGUAUGCAGAAGAAGCAGGAACGCCCAUGGUGUAUCGCCACGAAUUGAUCACGAACAUCGGUGAAACUGCAGGUGUGGUCCAAGACAUCGGUUCAGAUCCAACGCUUCCGCGUUCGGAUAAAGAGUGCCCGCGGUGCCACUCGCACGAAAACGUAUUUUUCCAAUCGCAACAGCGGCGUAGUGACACUUCCAUGGUCCUUUUUUUCGUCUGUUUAGGUUGUUCACACAUCUUCACAAGUGACCAGAAAAACAAACGUACAGGAUUCAGUUAG